UAAUUCAAAUCCGGGCAGUAAACUGCCCAGCUUGCUUCCCUCGCCGGUUGUUCGCCAGCAGCAGGCCCCCACGAUCCGGGAAACAAAGAGCCGAGGAUGUGCAGAGGAUAAACAACAAAAGGUCCGAGUGGUCAGGAGAGCCAGCAGACCAUGAGGGAGGCGAGAUCUGGACCUCGAUGUGAUGCGUUGUCUACCUGCUAAGAAACACCGUUCCAUUUGAGCUCUGCCGGUUGUCUGGAAAUGUAUUUGUUUCCUGACCACUGAUAGGGUUUGACGUAAACUGAUAGGUGCUUUAUAGGUGCGAUCUGCCGGACUGGGCUGAAAUGGGAUUUCUUCUGUCAGUGGAGCUGCUAACGUGGGUUAAAUGAGCAGCAAAGGAAGUGCUGGGAUGAAAGUGGACACCACUCGGCGACCUCACUGACUGAUAGAAACAUGUCUGCUCCAGAAACUGUGCAACCUCCCCCAGAACCUGAGGUCAGACAGAAACCCCCUCUACCCUCCAAACCCUCCAAUGGCUCCUUUGAUAUACCGCCAAUGGAAAAGGAUGCACCUUCUAGGAACUCUGGAAAUGUACUAAAGAUAGUCAGCAAAUUUAACCAGCCAGAUGUGACGCAUCCAUCUGCAACAUCUGGAGGUGCAGCUCACAGUGGCCCUAAAAAGCAAGCCAAGAGAGCACCCACAGUGAAACCAAGGCCCAGAGUCACAGUGCCAUCCCAGGUCAAGGCUGACCAGGCCCCACCGCUACCUGCGAAACGAAGACAGACACAGAAGAAGGAGACAAAAGCAGCAGGUCAAGCAGAGAGAGACUCUUGUCCUGACGUUGCGAGUGAUGGCCGAUCAGCUCCUGAUGGCAGAGAAGUGGAGGCACAGAGUGGCAGCCUGAAGCCAGAGCAGGACUACAGCACUCUCCCAGGGCCUCAGUGUGAGAAGAACUGCAGUUGCAUCUGCCAUCUGCAGCGGCCUGGCAUGAAACUAGUGUGGAUACCUGAGAAGGAAGAAGAGGGUGAAGAAGAGGACCCUGAAAGUGGAGGAGGAGGAGGAGAGGGAGAGCGUGAGAGAAUAGAGUCUGAUGAGGAAGAGGAGGAAGAAUCCGAAUUGUAUCUGAGUGGAUCUUCAGAAGAGGGGGACAGUGAGAAUGAAACCUCUGUGAUGAAUAAAACAAGAUUUAAGGCUACACUGAACCUUAUCGAGGGUCAGCUGAGGAGGAGAUCUGACCCAGGUCCAGAGGUUGUGCUCACCUCCCUCAACUCUUUACCACAGAUUAUGCCAAACCUCCCCAAGGCCCACUCUGUGUCAGAGGAGGAGUCUAUUUAUGAAGCUGUGAUUCCAGAGUUUUUUCAGUGCAAAGAUACUAGCGAUAAAACCCCCUCAAUCCAAAUCACCAAGCCUCCUCGACCUUCCAAAAGCAUCUCUGAUGGGUCUCCUCCAGCCAUACCACCCCGAAUGCCUCUGGAUAAGAAGAAAGCAAUACGGGCCCCCCGGGGUGUGCCGCUGCCUCAGCUUUCAGGUUGGUCCCACUCUCCAAAACUGCCAUCUGCUGAAUGCAGCCCUCCUGACAGCCCUCAACCUCACCAACAACCUCCACCUCCACCAGCCAAGACCAAUGGCAAACGCCUCAGCAGUCAAUCUCUGACAAUUAAAGAUGACGAUGAAGGGAGCACUGGAGGAGAUGCUGAAAAACAGGAUAAAAAACCCUCUGUUGGAAUCACUCGCCAGAAGUCACUUGACAUGGAAGCUCAUAUGCCAGAGGAGCUUCUAUACCAAAUUUAUACUGAAACAUACAUAUCUAAGGAGAUCCGUCGCCAGACUGUGUGUCGUAACAUUAGUAAGACCAGCGCAGACUUCCAGAUGGACUAUGUGCAUCCACGGAGUUCAGCCAACUUGGGAACAGGCACGGGAGAGUCCAGGAGUAGCCCCAUCCCUUCUCUGAGGCAGAACACACUCUGGCAGGACCUGCCCGAUGUCCGAGAGAGUGGCAUCUUACAGACACUCACUCCAGGGGACUGCAAGUACCAGGAGAGCAUGUUUGAGGUGUUGACAUCAGAAGUGUCAUACUUGCGUUCCCUGCGUGUGCUGACGGAGCAUUUUCUGGAAUCACGAGAACUGAAUGACACUCUUACUGUCUUGGACAAAAAAACACUCUUCUCCAACAUCCUCCGCAUCCGAGAAGUCAGCGAGAGGUUUCUUAAGGACCUGGAAGCCAGGUUGGAUGAAAGUUUACUCAUCACCGACAUCUGCGAUAUUAUCAGUUACCACGCACAGCAUAACUUCCCUGCAUACAUUGACUACGUCCGCAACCAAAUUUACCAGGAGAAGACUUUCUCCACGCUCAUGCAAAACAAUUUGCAGUUUGCCACUGUAAUCAGUCGUCUGCAGGAGUCUCCUAAAUGCCAGCGGCUGCCCUUCAUGUCCUUCCUGCUGCUGCCCUUCCAGCGAAUAACACGCAUCAAGAUUCUUGUUGAGAACAUCCUGAAGAGAACCGCCGAGGAAACGGAGAAGGAAGAGUCCGCCUCCAAAGCUCUGGCUGCUGUAUCCAAGAUUAUAGAAGAGUGUAACACCCAGGUCGGAAAGAUGAAACAGAUGGAAGAGCUCAUUGAGAUCAACAAGACACUAGAGUUUGACAAACUGAAGGCAGUGCCAAUCAUCUCGCAGACCCGUUUCCUGGAGAAGCGGGGUGAACUGCAGGAGAUGGCUAAAGGUGGAACCCUCUUCCAUCUCAAACCCAAAUUCACCCCUGUCUACCUCUUCCUCUUCAACGACCUGCUCCUCUUAGCCAACAAGAAAAGCUCAGAGCGCUACGUGGUGAUAGACCACGUCCACCGCUCUCUGGUGCAGGUGCAGACGUUAAAUGAGGAUCCUGCAACGCCAAGCCUGGAGAACGUCUUCUGCCUCACGCUGCUGGAGAACCACCAGGGACGCAUGAUGGAGAGGCUAAUAAAAGCCCCCUCACAGUCAGAUAUGCACAGAUGGCUGGCGGCAUUCCCCAACCCCGAGGAUCCAAACAGAGAGCAGGAAGAGGUCAUAUAUGAAGACUGGGACUGUCCACAAGUGCAGUGUGUCGAGCAGUACGUGGCGCAGCAGACUGACGAGCUAAAUCUGGAGCCCCCAGAGAUCGUCAAUGUUGUACGCAAAACCAACGAGGGAUGGUAUGAAGGGAUCCGUCUGUCUGAUGGUCAGAAGGGUUGGUUUCCUGUGGCGAAUGUUCUGGAGAUCACCAAUGAGCAUGUGAGGCGGCGAAAUCUGCGGGAGCGCUAUCGAGUCAUGCGGGCGGCCAGCGCUGUAACCCACAAGAUACGGACCCUUCAAUAAUCAAUAAAACAUGGACACUGCGCUGCAAGAUGCUUUGGACUCACAAUGAGAACAUUGUGCCUUUAUUAAACUGUAAAACUACUAUAGAUAUUUUACAAAAAACGCUGUUUUGAGCCUUCAAGACUGCAUUCAAGGUUCAUUAGAACAGAGAUUUUAGUUUUAAGGACAUGGGCAAACCACUGCAGUAUGAUCCGACCUACUGUACAGAGCCUGUAGAACUCCAAAUGUCAUUCUUCCCAUUUAUUUGUUGGAUAAAAUGGUUCAGCUUAAAUGUUUAAGUGAGAAACGUACAGCUUUCUGCUCUUACAUGACCUCUUUACAGGAGUGUGCGAGUGUGUGUGAAUGUGUCUUUGUAUGUGUGUGUGCUUGGCUGUGUGUGUGGUUUGUCAAAAAAUUAAAUUCAGUUGCCAGCACUGAAAUUCCUGCUAAGCACAGCUUCUUAAACAGGGCCUAUAUCUUUAAGCUAUAAUAAAGCUGGCAAUCACGAUUAUGCUUAACAUUCUCUUCAAACCUGUGUAGUGUCUCUCAUGUGGUUGCCAUAUUUGCCAUAAUUUUAGCUCUGCAAGUAAAACGAACAAACUGGAGCUCAUUUAUGAGCCACUCAAAUGACUUGCAGUUCAUUUGUUGUCAUGAUAUGCCAUUUUCUUUUUAUAGCUCACCUUUUGGUGUAACCUGCCUUGACAGUUGAGAAACCAGAGCCAAUUCCAAACAGAACCAUAAGCAUGUAAAGAACAGUUCAAACACUUAAUUGAAAAGGUGAUUUCCUUUGAAAUCAUUUUAGUCUGAUAACCCUUACAGUGAAUGUUCUACUCUUCUUACAGAAUUUAGUCGACUUUUAGUUCUUGGACAUGAUGUAUUUUGACUUUAUUAAAUAAAGAGCGAAACUCUUCAGAAAAAUGUAUUAUUAAAACUACACUUUUAACAGUGUAAAUUAUUUUA